GGCUGGUGGUGGCAGCGGUGUGGGGGAGGAGGCUGGGCCGGGGAGGCUCCGGCCGCACGGGCCUUCACGGGGAGGCUGCAGACAGAGCCCCCCGUGGCAGCCCUGCGGGUUGGGCCCGGCCACGGGGGCGGGCGGGCGUUGGGCCUGAUGGCAUCGGGCCCUGCUUGUGGGAAAAAACAAAACAAAAUUUGUGGUUCUCCUCUAGCGGCCUGCCUGGGCUGCGCAGUGUCGUGAGGCCCGUCGGUGUGCUUCCUCCCGGUGCCUGCCUACCUGAGCACGCAAGGAGGCUGCAAGGCUUCCAGCUAGGCCCAAAGCGUAAGUAUGGAAGAAAGGCAUGGAGGCCACAAAACCAAUGCAUAAAAUUAGCAUCGGCACUGUGCAUGACAAAUAAGGCUAUGUGACAUACAGAGUCCUUAAAACAGAAAGUUGUGUUGUUUUUUUUCUGAAGAAAUGUCCUCCAGCGUUGGAAAUGAAAAGAGUGUGAGUCCUGUGCUUAGAAUAAGUCAACUCGAUGCUCUUGAACUAAACAAAGCCUUGGAACAACUAGUGUGGUCCCAGUUUACCAGCUGUUUUCAUGGAUUUAAACCAGGAGUGCUGUCUCAUAUUGAACCAGAAUUAAAAGCAUUUCUAUGGCUUUUACUGUGGAGAUUCACUAUCUAUUCUAAGAAUGCAACUGUGGGACAGGCUAUUCUGAAUAUUCAGUACAAGAAUAAUUUAUCUCAGACAGAAAAAUACCAGCCUCUGAGCAAACACCAGAAGUUAUGGUAUCUUAUUUUCACUGUUGGUGGAAGAUGGUUGGAAGAAAGAUGUUAUGACUUAUUUAGCAAUCGUCAACUACAGUCCUUCUGUAAAAUCAAGUAUUACCUUAACUUUGGAGCUGGACUUCUUAAACUGUGUGGACUUGUAAAUUUUCUGAUUUUUCUUCAGAAAGGAACAUUUGCAACACUUACAGAACGCAUUCUAGGAAUUAGGUCAGUUUUUUGCAAGCCACAAAGUGUUCGUCAGGUAGGAUUUGAAUACAUGAACAGGGAGCUCUUAUGGCAUGGUUUCGCUGAAUUUCUGAUCUACCUGCUGCCACUCAUUAAUGUACAGAAACUGAAACUCAAAAUUUCUUCGUGGUGUUUGCCUAUGGCAAGUCUUCCUAAUAAUGAAAACACAUUAGCAGUUCACUGCAAGGAAUGUUCAUUGUGUGGGGAAUGGCCUACUAUGCCGCAUACCAUAGGCUGUUUGCAUGUUUUUUGUUACUAUUGUAUUAAAAGUAACUAUUUAUUUGAUAUGUAUUUUACAUGUCCUAAGUGUGGCUCGGAGGUACACAGUCUUCAACCAUUGAAAUAUAAAAUUGAAAUGACAGAAUUUCAUGCCUGAUAGGGAAGUUGCUUUGGUUUUAUACUGCACAUGAAAUACUAUAGUAGAGUUGAAUGGAAAAAAAAAAGUCAGAAAUUACUAUAAACAUCUUAAAAGUUUUGGAGAUUCCGUAGUUUCUUGUAACAUUUGUCUUUACUGGUAUUAUAUUUUUUUACUGAAUAACAGUGUCAAUUUGCCCAUCUGAAGGAAGGAAAAGAACAGACUUCACCAGCACUUUUGUUCUCUCAGACUAUUUGAUCCCAGUUUGGUAUCCCUGUGUUGUCAAGUAUCUUCUUAGAUCCAUGGUCUGGCAGCCCACUGCUUCAUAACUUCAUGCUAUAUACUCUUCCCUUAGGGAUAGAUGAGAAGAUGAUGAAUAAGCUUUUAGCCACUUUGUAGAUUUUUUCAACCUUGUAAUCUUCUUCUGUUACCAACAUAACUAGUAGAUUUUAUGUGAAAGUCAUCCUAAUUACACCUAAAGAAUAGAUUUAUUUUUGAAUAUUUAAAAUCUGAAUUCUCAGUGUGAUGAUCCAUGUGUGAAGGAAGUGUGAAGGAAGGAAAGGUGUAAGACGAAGUCUUAUCUCAGCAGAUUAUUAAUAGUUGUCAUCAGAUUCAGCCAUCAUAACAGGACAUAUGGUCUAUUUGUAAGAGAAGAAUAACCUUUUAAGUGAUCUGUCUGGUCAACAGACAAAAAGUUAACUUGUGCCUGCAGGACAUAUAACCAUCUCCUGAUCAAAAUACACCUUCUAGUUCUUCAUCAGAUGACAAAACUCAUUUUCUCACACACCAAUGUGUCUGGGAUCUUCAGUGAUGUAUGUAUGACCACCUCCCGUUUCUUUCCUAUGAAGCUGAGGGACACAAACCCACUGGGAUGCAGAAGCUACCUGAGGCAACAUGCAUUAUUCUAAAUCAGAUACUUUGGAGAAUACAGUUUGCUCUCAAGAUGCUGUCUUUGGGACUUGCCACUCUUUAUUUGGAGUGGUGAUGGUGGGUUCCAAACCUCACUAACAGAGAAAACCUCCAUGAGGUUCCAUACCUCACUCACUCGCUACCACAGAGAAAAGAGAUCAAACCAGAUAUGUGUGUGUAAAUGUACUGAAAAUUGGGUAAUUGUUCCUGUUUUGGGCUAUUAAAAUUUGUUUUUCUCUUUCA